AUGGCUCGCCGAGCGCCCCAGCUGCUGACCAUCGGCCUCUUGGCGGCCCUCUUCGUGUGGAACACGGCUUUCCUCCAGGUCGAGGCACCGACGCCCAAGCAGGCAGUCCCGGUCGCCGCAGCAGCAGCGUUGUCAGCAGCUCCCUUGCCAGCCCUUGCGGGCGAGCCUCCAAGCGUGGGCAUUCACUGGUACUGGGACCUGGGCAUCGGCACGAUCCACGGCGAGACCGCCAGCAUUAUCAUUUGGGUGUUCCUGGUCUGCACCAUCUUCGCUUUGGCCGGAGCCGGUGGCAGCAGCCGCAAGAGUGACUCUGCGAGCUUCUUGGAGGAGAAACCGGUGCCUGAGGUUUUGGAUGCGGAGGGCAUCCCGAAGCAAGGAAUUACACUGGCUGCUUGGAGCCCGGAUGAGCAUUUCUUAGCCACGAAGCACGUGUUCACCGAGACGUUGUGGUUCACUGAAAAGUGGGUUUGCGUCCUCUUGUCCCUUUGCGCUCUGGUUGCGGGUGCCGUCUUCCACGAAGCGCUGGUAGCGCGCCUGGCGAGCAUAGGCAUCGCAGCGGCCCACAUCCAGUUCGAGUCUGUCGAUGUGGGAACGAUCCGCAACUCUCAGACUUUGAGCCCCCGCAUCCUCGCAUCGGUGUCCAACCCCAGCCCGGUGAAUGCCGAUGUCAGGAUGUCCCGGUUGGUGCUCAAAGUUCCCAUUUUCCCAUCCGGGACUUUGGCGCGCGUGGGCACCGUGACCAUGCCUUCUCUGCGGGUCCAGGCUUUCCAAGAUAUGCGAAUCAACAUCUCGGCCCAUGUUCACAUCGAGGACCUGGACGUCUUCGGCCUCGCAGGCAAGCAUGCGGUGAGGGAGCCGAAUUCCUCCUGGGUGGUGGAAGGAAAGCUUCAGGUCCGCUGCGAACUACCGUUCUUUGCGGCGCAUCUCUCAGACAUACCCUUCGAGCGGGAGGUGGCUCUGAAAGGUAUGGCGAGCUUCUCCCAGGAUGCCAAUCCUGUUACCAUGGAGGCGAUCACGAGUGCGUAUGGCUACCCCGACCAUCUUGACACCACUGUGGCGAUCAGCAUCUACAACCCUUCUUACCUUUCUGCACACCUUGACACGCCUACUCAUUUCAACAUCACCCAGCGCGGGCAUCCCUUUGGGACCGCUGUGGUCCAAGAGGUCAUUCUCAAGCCUGGACAUAACACCGUUGAAGUUCGUUUUCUGCUGCAAGACGACAGCUCCAACAGGGAAGCUGUGCGCGAGUUCAUCGUCGGCUACAUUCGCGCCGACAUGCAGAUGGUGACAAUGCACGGCACCAAAAGGUCCUGUUCCGACCCCCUCCUGGCCGUGGUGCUGGACGGCCUCGAUCUCCGCUUCCACUUCAAGCCACCUGCAGCAAGGUUCAUCCACCAUAUCACGGCAAACCUGGGGCUGAUCGGGCUGCAGGUGACAGCAGAGGUCGCCAAUCCGCUGCCUCAGAGGAUUGAGAUUGGUGGAACUGACCUCUCUGUGCGGGAGAACACUGUGGAAGGAGAGCAGAUCUUUCGCUUGAAAGGCGACGAAGAUUCAGGCCUCGGAGGGCAAGUUCUGCAGCCGAGUGCCAUCUCCAAGCUGAAGCUCUCCUUAAGCACUCUGGACGCGGAUCUCAAGGACCCGCUGCUUAUCGCGCGCCUCAUCGAGGACGCUGUCGACGGAGCCGUCGUGGUAGGUGUUUCCGGGCCACUAUCCUUGACCAUCGCGCCGAAUUUCACUCUGACACUGAACUACAUCGCGAACAAUGUGACCGCUUCACUUACCUGCUUGUUGGUGUGUGGCUCUUCGCACAGUUUGUUGAACCCCGUGAACUGGUUUCCCAGUGAAGGCUGA